GAAAACCAAUGACGAAAACACAGGAAGCGUGUAUCACGCUGGCUUCACCUCCUCCUCCUCCUCUUGCUGCACAGGCUGGCAUCAAGUUGUGAAGAAGCCAAAGACAUGACCGCGUCUAAUUACUCCCUGAAGGUCAACAGAGACCUGUUGGACCCAAACUUUGAGAGUUACAGGUUAUCCUUGGACGCCAUACCGACGUACAACGUUGAGCUGGAUGCUGCUGUGGAGGAGGUGAAGCUGAAGGAUACGCAGUACACCCUGGAACAUAUGCGUGCUUUUGGCAUGUACAAUUACCUGCACUUAGACCCCUGGUAUGAGGACAGUGUUUAUUUUGUAGACUGCAAAGGACGGGUUCUUAAUCUCACCGUCACUCUGGACACCGCCCUGGGGAAGCCGAGAGAGGUCUACCGUAUAAUCGCCGAGUCCAGCCAGUGUGAGGAUCGCCUUUGUGCCUCCCUCAGCCUCACCUCGGCGACCUGGGCAGCUCUGUCCGAUGGCAUCGGUCGACUGUACCUCCUCCGCACCGGCAAGAGAGGAGACGGCUCCCAUAUGAAGUGGGAACCGCUGUUCAGUGAAGACCUGGGGGAGCCUUUUACCGUCCUCCACAGCGUCUCACAUGUCCAGGCUGGUGUUCACAGCAUGGAGGUUCUGCUGCUCCGCGUCCAGAAAGACCCACUGGAAACCAAAGGAAGCGGAUACUCGGUGUCUCUCGAGUGGAUCACAGUCGCCAACGCUGCAGGACAAGGCCAGGAGAAGAAGUACGAGAUGAAGAAGAGGAGGGUCCUCAGGGGGAAGUCGGUGCCUCACUAUGCAGCGGUGGAGCCCAAAGGGAAGGGGUUGAUGCUGGCGUCGGAGAAGCCGUUCGUUUUUACUCACGUGGACGGCCGUCCUGUGGAACAGCCCGAACCAGAGCCCAUGGAGGUGGAGAAGACAGAUCCCAUUUACUUCUGGCAGCAGACGACCGAGGACAUCACGCUGUUUGUGCGCAUGCCCGAGGGCAUCACCAAAGAGGAGGUGCAGUUCAGGCUCACUGCGGACAACGCGGCCAUCGGAGUUCGGGGUUUCCCUCCUUUGCUGGAAGGCCAGCUGUUUGCAUCUGUGGACCCUGAGGCCAGCGCCUGGAUCAUCAGAAAUGACAAAAGCCUGGAGGUGACCCUGCAGAAGCGCGGUGAGGGGCCCAUGUGGCCGGAGCUGGUGAUGGGCGACAGGAGAGGGGAGUACGUGAUGAGUGACGAGCAGGCCGCCCUCAUCCAUGAAAGACUGACUCACCUUACCUCUGAAGACCUGAACGGAAACCCUGACAGGGACAAGCCCCCGUGUAACUCUCAGGAGCUGGAGGACUGCGAUAGGUUUCCAGAAGACAGCUCCAGCCUCACACACUUUGAUGAGCAGUCACUCAAGCCCACUCAGGUGGUGAAUCUGGGGAGUCAUCAGUACCUAUUCACAGUUGACGUGGACCCGUCAGAAAUGCCGUGCCUCUGCCUCCGACAUGAUGUGGACGCUCUGGUUUGGCAGCCCCGUCCCACCCAGCCUGGUAACAUGUGGGAGCACGUUGCCACAUUCAAUGCUUUGGGUUAUGUUCAGGCAUCCAAAAGAGAUAAGAAGUUUGCCACCUGCGCUCCAAACUUCUCCUACGCGUCGCUGUGCGAGUGCCUCCGUCGCGCGUUCAUCUACCGCCAGCCUUCGCCAGUGGAGACCGUCCUCUUCAACAGGAAGCAGGGCCGUCAGGUAGGACAGGUUGCCAAGCAACAGGUGGCCAGCCUGGACUCCGACAAACCAAUCCUGGGCUUCAGAGCGACCAAUGAGAGACUGUACAUACUGACCUCCAGUAAUCUCUUUGUUCUAAAGGUCAAUAAUAAUUAGAUUUGGGACUCUGUUAGAUUUGAUCUCACUUCCCUCUGGGAGCUCCAUCAUUUCACUCUGAUUACCUGCUCGAGCUGAAAAAUGAUCCUUUGUGCUUUGUUGUUCGGGAUGAACCCCUCCUCGUGUUUCCCUCUUUGUCUUCUGUGUGUUACAAACUGUAAACGUGAUCAAGAAGUGAAAACAUGUUCUUAAACUAUGGAAAUAAAUGUUUCUGGAGUUA